AUGGCUCUACUUGUGGCGACAACGAUGUUGGGAAGCACAUCUGCGGAGGAGAAUUCGGAUGAGAGACGAUCGUCGAGGAAGCUCUGGACAGUGACAAGCUGCCGGUUGAACUACCCGAUGACGAAGAGGAUGAAGUCAGCGCCACAGGAAAAGAAGAAGAUAAUGGAGGCUCCUUUAGCGACGGCGAGGAAUGGGAGAGAGGAUCCAGAGACGCGUGGUUGUGCCGCCAUUGGCUUUUGCUCAUCGGGUCUGCCGCUCGUUGCCGGAGAAGGAGCAGCCGACGAUUGA